CUUUGUGCAAUUGUUCCUUCUCCUUUUCAUCUUGUCCUAUUCCAUUAUCUUAAUAUUGAUAUUUCUAGGCUAUGUUCUUGCCUUUGUUGUCUCCAUAUACAAGAAAAUGAAUAACGUAUCAGAAGACAUACUGAGCAGUUCAUGGCACAACCUGAGGCACUUUCUUGCACGUUAUUUGAUUAAAGUAGGAAGCAUACUGCAUGAUCAUGAGAUUAUAGGCAUGGAACAUCUACCAGAUGGACCAGCAAUUAUUGUUUUCUAUCACGGAAUAUCCGCCGGUGACUAUAUAUUAUUAUUCUGUAAACUGUAUGUACAGAAAGGAAGAAUUUGCAUUACAGUGGUUGACAAGAAAUUGUCCAGCAUCCCAGGAUUGAAGCCUAUUUUUGAUGUGGCUGGUUGCAUACGUGGUGGCAAAGCCGAAUGUCUAGAAAUGUUGAAGAAAGGCCAUUUACUGGGGAUCUCACCUGGUGGAGCAAGAGAAGCAAUCUUCAGUGAUCAGCACUACAGGCUCCUCUGGGGUAAACGCACAGGUUUUGCUCAAGUAGCCUUGGAAGCCAAAGUGCCCAUUAUCCCUAUGUUUACACAAAAUAUUCAAGAAGUAUUCAGAGGAUUUGGAAAAAUACGACUGAUGAGAUGGUUAUAUGAAAAAAACCGAUGGAUAGUUAUUCCGAUCUGUGGAUGUUUUCCUGUUAAAUUACGCACAUAUCUAGGAGAACCCAUCCCAUAUGAUCCAAAUAUUUCUGCUGUAGAACUUGCUGAAAAAACCAAGAUUGCAAUUGAAAAUCUUCGUGAUCGAUACCAAAAAAUACCAGGAAAUAUAUUAAGAGCUCUCUCUGAACGAUUUGAUAAACAACCUAAGGAUGACUAG